GAAGUGCGUGAGCGUCGCACUCGCACAUUCUCCCCCUUUACCACCUCUCGCUCUUGUAGUUGUACGGUCUGCUGUCCGUGUUGCCGUCGGCUUUCCGCACGUCUCCGUCACUCUUCCUUGUUCGCCAGCCUGAAGAAGCUCGACGCACUCUGUUUACCCUCUUUACCUCUGCGAAGGCGACACACUCUUCUGAUGCAGCCAUGGAGAGGCCCAGGGGGUUUACCAGGAGCUUCUCGAUUAUGCCCGCCAGGUUUCUACUCCUCUCCUCCGCUAUCUCCUCCUCUCUCCUCUUCUGCGUCUAUUUUUCCUUCUGGCUCCUCGACGCAACCCCUCCUCAUCAUUCACCGCACUAUGCCCUCAUCAAGACUGUGGAGCAUAGUCCUCUGGCUGAAAGCCCUAUUCCUGGGGAUGCUUUCGUGACGGUGGUCAGUGAUCCCUUUUGGGAAGUUCCGGAUGCAGAAAUCGCGGAGAAAGAUGAGAUCUUUGACGGCGAACGAAUUAGUGAAAGGGGCGACUUUGAUUUGGUAGGGAAUAGUUCGAAUUCUAUUUCGAAGCAUAUGCUCUUCAGUGCCGCUGCUGAUUCUGGCGGAAAUCCAAGUGCGUUAGAAGACUGGAGCAGUGUUGAUUUAUCUGGCGAAGAUGAAAAUGAAGAUGCAGCACCUGUAGGUAUUUUGGGGGAAAACAGUGAGUUUGGUGAUAGAGUAAUAGAAAAGGAGGAAUUUGAGGCAGAUACUGUGAGGAGCAACAUUAGUUCUUUUGUUGAGGGCGAAGUUUCUCUGGUGGACAAAGGCUUCAGUUGUGAUGUUUUUGAUGGAAGAUGGGUUUUCGAUGAGAGCUAUCCUCUCUAUGCGAGCAACUCGUGCCCCUUUGUAGAUGAAGGGUUCAGUUGCGAGGCAAACGGGAGGAUGGAUAAGGAUUACAUGAAAUGGAGGUGGCAGCCUAAUGGAUGCAGCAUUCCAAGGUUCAACCCUGUGAAAAUGCUAGAAUUAAUCAGAGGGAAAAGAUUAGUUUUUGUUGGAGAUUCAAUUAAUAGAAACCAGUGGGAAUCAAUGCUAUGCAUGCUACGAACAGCUCUUUCUGAUCCUAGCAGAGUAUAUGAGACUCGCGGGCAGAGGAUAACAAAGAAUAGGGGAAACUACAGGUUUUACUUUCCAGACUAUCAUUGUAGCGUUGAAUAUUAUGUCAGUCACCAUUUGGUGCGAGAGAGCACAGCAAGAGUCGGAAAGAGGCGCGUGGCUACACUUCGACUUGAUACUCUAGACAGGAGUUCAUCCAAAUGGAGAGGAGCAGAUAUCCUUGUUUUUAACAGCGCUCAUUGGUGGUCACACCACAAAACUAAAGCUGGUGUGAAUUACUACCAGGAAGGAAACCUAGUGCAUCCUCGCCUUGAUGUCUCCACUGCCUUUAGGAAAGCUCUAUCAACUUGGGCAAUGUGGGUCGAUCAACAUUUCAUUCCCGGCAAAACUCAAGUCUUCUUCAGAAGUUCAGCACCAUCACAUUUCAGCGGUGGCGAAUGGAAUUCCGGAGGCCACUGCAAAGAGAGCAUCCGUCCGCUGAACGAGACCUUUGUCAGAGUUCCUGAGAAAAAUAUUAUCUUGGAGGAAAUAGUAAGGAAAAUGAAAACUCCCGUAACUAUUCUCAACAUCACUAAUCUAUCUGGACAUCGAAUCGAUGGCCAUCCAUCUAUUUAUGGGAGAACCCAUGUAAGAGGACCACCGAUCGGCAUUCAAGAUUGCAGCCAUUGGUGUCUUCCUGGAGUCCCUGAUACAUGGAAUGAGUUACUCCAUUUCUAUUUGUUAUUAAGACACAAGCCAACAUUUACAAGCUAAGUAUUACUCGAACAAGGAUGCGAUAAGAUUAUUGAUUUUUUUUUUCAGGAGAUUAUAAUUUUUGACAAAUUCACAUGUUUCCAUUGCUUGUAAUUUUGCCCAAUGUAGCAAAUUGCAUUGCAGUAUUUGAAAUGAAAUGGUGUUCUGUUUUUUAA